AGUAGACCGCAGAUGUGAGCCUGUUGAGCCAUUCAGAAUCCGCCCUGCAUGGGAACAGCAAAUAAAUCGUCCUCAUUCAGUAGUUUAUAUGCACGGAAGACGCAUCGAAGCCUCAACAGCAGUCAUUCUUCCUGCAUGUGGAUGAUUAACGGAUACGUGAUUCCAUUUUGCUGCAUCAACGAUGAGGACGCGUCAUCAACCAACAAAACAAGACCUUUUCUGGAUUCCCUUUGCUGUGCUUCUUUGUUUUCACGGCUCGUCCGCUUCCCAGUUGUCUUACUCCAUCAACGAGGAGGUGAACAAAGGCUUCGUGGUGGGAAACAUCGCCAGGGAUUUGAACCUUAACGUGCAGGAGCUGGACGCCAGAGAUCUGCGUGUGGUUUCGAGCUACGGCAAAGAGUAUUUUAAUGUGAAUUUGCAGACGGGAAACCUUUUUGUGAAGGAAAGAAUAGACAGGGAGGAGCUUUGUACUAACCUGGCAAAAUGCUCGUUGAGGAUACAAGCCGUGUUAAACAAUCCGAUGACCGCAUACCGCAUUGAGGUCAGUGUUUUUGACAUAAACGACAAUUCUCCUGUAUUUAUUGAACAUGCCUAUUCUUUGGAUAUAUUCGAAUCUGCCAUACCGGGAGAACGCUACCUUCUCCCGGUGGCUGUAGACGCAGACAUCGGCAGCAACUCUGUGCGCAACUACAAGCUCAGUAAUAAUGAACAUUUUACGCUCGACGUGCAGAGCGGAGGAGACCACGGCGUGUCUGCAGAACUGGUGCUGCACAAAGCUUUGGAUCGAGAGAAACAGUCUUUAAUCAGACUCACACUGACCGCUGUAGAUGGCGGCAAACCUCCUAAAUCCGGCUCUUUGCAAAUACGCGUGAAUGUGCUCGAUGUCAAUGACAAUGUGCCCACUUUCAGCAAGUCGCUUUAUAAAGUGCGUGUGGGUGAAGACGCGCCGCAGGGCUCGGUUGUGAUCAAAUUAAAUGCAACUGAUUUAGACGAAGGCAUGAAUAGUAAGAUCCUGUAUUCGUUGAUCAAAAGAGGCAACAAUGAUCCGUCCGACGUUUUUAAAUUAAAUACAGAAACAGGAGAAAUCACUGUGAAAGGUUCGUUGGAUUAUGAAGAAACUCCUGCUUAUGAAGUGAGAGUUCAAGCAUUGGACCAAGGUACAGUUCCUCGUAGUGCGCAUGCCAAACUGCUCAUUGAGGUAAUUGACGUGAAUGACAACGCCCCUGAAAUAACGGUGACGUCACUGAUGACGCCGGUUAAAGAAAACGCAGAAUUAGGCACAAUUGUUGCUUUAAUUACAGUAAGUGAUAAGGAUGGCGGGAACAACGGUGUGACCAGCUGUAAAGUAGUUGGAUCUGUUCCCUUUAAGCUGAAAUCCAACUACAAAAAUGAUUAUUCUUUAGUAGUUGAUGGAGCACUAGACAGAGAAAACACCUCUCUUUAUAAUGUCUCCAUUAUAGCCUCAGAUGAAGGAAGUCCUCCUCUGUCCACGAGCAGCAUCAUUACUGUUCAUGUUUCUGAUGUCAACGACAAUGCACCUCGUUUUAUGGAGCCCGUUAUUAAUGUUUAUGUCAAAGAAAAUAGUCCAACGGGAAAUUCUCUUUGCUCCAUCAAUGCGCUUGAUCCUGAUUUGGAUGCCAAUGCAAAAGUGUCCUACACAUUGUUAGAUGUAAAUCCUGGAAAUAUUCCAAUUAAAUCACUUUUAAACAUCAACUCGGAGAGUGGAGAUAUAGUCAGUUUGCAGUCGUUUGACUAUGAGAAGUUAAAGACGUUCCGGUUUAAAGUUCAGGCCACAGACUCUGGUGUUCCUCCACUCAGCAGCAACGUGACUGUCAAUGUUUUUAUCCUGGAUGAGAAUGACAACAGUCCCACCGUUCUGGCGCCAUAUUCUGAGCACAGCUCCGUUAACAGUGAGAGCAUCCCCUAUUCUGCUGAAGCGGGAUACUUUGUGGCAAAGAUCAGGGCUGUAGACGCAGACUCUGGAUACAAUGCACUGCUCUCCUAUCACCUGUCUGAGUCCAAAGGCAACAACAACAACUUAUUCCGGAUCGGAACCAGCACCGGGGAGAUCCGCACCAAGAGGAGAAUGAGUGACAAUGACCUGAAAAGUCACCCCUUGGUGGUGUCGGUGUGUGAUCAUGGAGAAGCCUCCCUGUCAGCUACUGUGUCUAUUGAUGUGGUGGUGCUUGAAAGCACAGCUGACAUCCACACUCAGUUCAGACAUGUGCCCAUAAAGGAGGAGAACUUCUCCGACUUACACCUGUACCUGCUCAUCGCCAUUGUGGCCGUGUCACUCAUCUUUCUGCUCAGCCUCAUCACUUUAAUAGCCAUCAGAUGCCACAGACAGACAGACGGCACUUUCGGCAGGUACGGCGCCCCGAUGAUCACCACCCAUCCUGACGGGAGCUGGUCUUACUCCAAAGCUACUCAGCAGUAUGACGUGUGUUUCAGCUCAGACACACUCAAGAGUGACGUAGUGGUUUUCCCCGGACCUUAUCCACCUGUAGAUGCUGAACUGAUCAGUAUCAAUGGAGGAGACACCUUUAGCAGGACUCAGACUUUACCUAACACUGAUAAGGUAGGCUGGAAAUCUGUUUGUGUUUCUUCUUAAUCCUCUUUUGCACAUAUUUAAGGGCUAAGUAGUUCAAUAUUAGUAAGUUGCUAUAUUUUUAUGACUUAUAUACACACCCAAUAGAUGGAGAAACCAGUGUUUUUGCCCUUCAUGCUGGAUUGUUGUAGUGUCAGCUGUACUGAUACUGUUUAGUUGGGACUCAGGUGGUAUCAAGCAUGAUG